GAUUUCUUUUAGCCAACCAUUCACACUUCCCUGCUUGCCUUCAUUCUGCUGACUUCCUACACCUUAGCCAGGACGACCACUCUCCCUGACUUCCAUUCCAAGUGGCAUAAUGGACCUGAAGGAAUAUUUUAAAAGGAUUGGCUUCACUGGUCUGUACGACAAAGCUGACCUGCCCACUCUGUGCACCAUACACAAGCUGCAUGUGAUGACUGUUCCUUUCGAGAACCUCAGUAUCCACUGUGGAGAGAGGAACACUGUGGACUUGAAAGUCAUCUAUAAGAAGAUUGUGCUAGAUCAUCGUGGAGGUUGGUGCUGUGAGAACAACCUGCUCUUCUCCUGGGUGCUGAGAGAGAUGGGCUACAAAUUUACCAUGCUGGGCUCUAAGGUCUUCAACAAGGUCACAAACGAGUUCAGCCUCAUGGAUACGCAUCUCAUUAACCUGGUUGAGAUCGAUAGUAAGCCUUAUAUUGCUGAUGUGAGUUUUGGGUUGACAUACCAAAUCUGGGAACCAUUAGAACUGAUCGCAGGUAAAGACCAACCUCAGGCCCCAGGGGUGUUCCGUCUACUGAAUGAUGGUGAGAGGUGGACCCUGGAGAAGACAGGGAGGAAGCCGCUGAUCCAGAAUGAGGCCUUUGCCAAGUGCAGUCUCGUUAACAAGCUCCUGACAAAAACCACAUACAGCUUCUUUUUAACGCCACGUGAUAUUGACCAUUUUCUGGAGGCCUCUGAGUACCUGCAGACAAGUCCUGAGUCUUUGUUCACCCAGAAAUCCAUCUGUUCCCUUCAGACACCCACUGGUUUCAGAACUCUGAUUGGUUGUAUCUACAGUGAGGUCACAUUUAACCCUCAAAAAGAUGUAGACCUCUAUGAUAUGAGGAAAAUACCAGACAGUGAGAUAGAGACUGUACUGAAGGAAAAGUUUAAUAUUACAUUAGGUAGUAAACUGACACCUGUAAACAAUUAAGACGUGCGAAAUGAACUACAAAGCUAACUUAAUAAUCUAACUUAAUAAAUAAUAAUAAAUAAUCAAAUUAUAGCAAUUGUUACAAUGCCGUAAAUACCAAGAUAAGUAAAUACCAUUCACUAAAUUGCAGUGCAACACCAAUUCAACAUCACAAUGACUGAGCCAUAUAAGAAAAAAAACUAAAUAUUGUUAUAUUUCAGCUAUGAGUUGAGUAUUUGAGAUUCAUAUACUGUCAUUUUAAUUAAAAGGCAAGGCAAGGUAUCUAUCAAAACCCACCACCGACUGACCAUAAAAGACGAAGAAGACUUAGCCAGUGGUUACCCCGGUGCAGAUGGAUUUUCUCUAGAGUAGCUCUAAAGGUGGAGUUUGAGAACAUGAGAAGGACCAGAAUGACAACCACUGCAGACUAGACAGACAGAAGCCUCUGGAAAUAAUAAACUGACUAAAGAGUCUGACUCUAGAACCACUCAGAAACAUUCACAGCUGUGCCACACCUCUUUCUGUGGAGACAAUCUUCUAGAACCCAACUGAGCAGCACACACACACUCUCCUCCAGCAGCUGCAGAGGAGAAGUCUGGGACACGAAUAAAAGGAGCUAAGUGGCUUCUGCACCUGAUCUACACAACCUGCACACCUCAAAGAUGUUCACAGCACUCAAAGCAUCAGAGGAAGGUGAGCGCCCCCAUUGACUGAUAGUCUGAAGAGUGUGAGAAAGUACCAUCAGAAGAAAGGACUCCAGUAUUUUAUCUUUGUCUUUGUGCUAUUUGCUCAUUUUUCUUUUCAAAAAAGUUGUAUGAACCAACAAAAAAAAAAAAUAUUAUGAUUACUUUAUUAUGAUUAUUAAACCUUUUAGUGGACAGACUUUCUUUGAGAACUAUAACCUAAAUAUAAAUAAAUAUAAAUUUGAAUAAAAUUGCGAUUUCCCAUUUUGGAAUUCAGAACAUCAUUAAAACUGAGAUUCGGUUGGCAAGUUUCUUUUAUUGUGUGCCAGAAAAACAUACUGCUAAUUGAAAUUGUACACUUUCCAAUAAAAGCAGCAAUCACUUAUUACAAAUCUUAUUAAUGUAUCAGCACUGGAGAACAGCCACUGAUCACCAGUCCUCGUGAAGCUGGGUGGUGUAAUGACAGAAGAAUCACACAUGGUACAAUUUUAAGUAUAUUGUCCACACAUGUGACAUGUUCUUUAUACCCUUAUCUGACCUUGUAUUGAUAUCAGGUUUAUGUACUAGCAGUAAAAAAAGAACAACUGCAAUGUGUUUCUGUCAUCAAUCAGUAAACUGCUUGUUGUACAACAUAUCCUAAAAUAAAAUAAAGUACAGUGCUGUGAAAAAGUA